GGGCGGGAGCGGCGGCGCUGGGCGGGCGGCGGCGGCGGCGGCUCGGCCCCGGGUGCCCCAGGGCCGCCUGGAGCCGGAGGCUUCCCCGCGGCUGCUGCCGAGCGUGGAGCAUCCUUCCCCGGGCAGCCGGGCUGGCACCGGCACCGGCACCGACACCGUCAUCACCAUCGGCACCGGCACCGGCACCGGCACCACCAUCGGCACCGGCACCACCAAUCAGCAUCAACACCGGCAUCACCCCCGGCACCGACAUCCCCGUCACCGCCGGCAGCGGCGGCAGCACCGGCAGCAGCAUCACCUUCGCUGUCACCGUCACCGCCGGCCUCGGCAGCGGCACCAGCCGCGGUCACCCCUCCAGUGCACACCGCACCUGCGUCCAAGGACCUGGUCUCGCCCUCGCUGCAGUGAUUCCUGGCAGGGAUUACCAGUGAUCCCCGGCAGGGAUUCCCAGUGGGACACCGGUCGCAGCCGGAGGGACCCAGCCGGGGCUGACGCUGUCCCUGUGGUGCCACGGGGCAGACGCGGGGCCAGGCCAGGCUGGAGGGUGCCCGGGUUAGCAUGACCGAGGUGGAACCCGUGCUGGACUUCGCAUCCUCCGGCAGGACGGGGCGGCGCAAUGCCCUGCCCGACAUCCUGGGCUCGCCCGCCGGCGUCAGCCCCGCCGACCUGCCCCUCAAACUGGCCGAGAUGUCCCUGAGCGCAGGCAGUGCCCAGGACAUGCAGUCGCCCUCAGCGGAGGUGCCCCCUCCGCAGCCCCCCAGCCCCGAGCUGAAGGACACGUCCUAACCCCGCCCGGGGGGGACAUUUGUGACCGGCGGAGGAAGGAGGAGGCUGCGGAGCGCCAGCCCGGCUUUCCUGGCACGGCCGGAGUCCGCUGGGAUUUCCUCGGUGCUGCCGCAGCGAGACCCCGGAGCGCCCCCCGGCCAUGGGGGAGCCGCGCGUGGCGGGGACGUGGCGGGGACACGGAGGGGACCUGCCGUGACCAAGGGGCCAUUCCCGCACACGCCCUGGGCCAGGACUCGGGGGGGGAGGAAUAUUUUUGCCUCCCCGGGGGGAGGAAUAUUUUUCUUCUGGGGCAUUUGGCGGAGCCGAGCGCGGGGGGGUCCCGGGGGGGCCCUCCUGGCCGCAGGAGCAGCCACAGGUGUUUCUUGCUGAGUGUGGUGUUCACUGUGAUGUUUUUGGGUACCACCUCGUCUUCUGGCCUUUCUUCGGGGUGACUCGGGAGCCAGUCCCAGGCUUUGGGGGGGUUGAGAUGGGGAAACACAACCCGAGAGCCCCCCAGCCCUUGAGCAAAGCCCCCGGGUUGCCAGCACGGCUGAGAGGGAUCCCGCAGAGGAGCAGAGCGCCCCAGCGUGGUCCCCGCUCUGCGGAUGGGGGAUGCUGGUGAGUUCGGGGUGUGGGAAACAGGGCGAUGCUGCUUGGAGCACCCCCAGCCCCCCGAGCCGGGUCACCCAUUGUGCCCACGCCGGAUCCUCUCCCCAAACCCGGGGGUGCGGGAGUCACGGAGUGGAGCUUUGCCAGGCUCUGGCAGUGCCCAAUCCUAUGCUUUUGCCAGAGGACGGGAUGGGAUGGGACCCUCCUGCUCGGGCACUGAGGGGCUGAGGGAGGACUCGCCUGCCGGCUCUGGGGGUCGCUGGCCGCUGGCCGGAGCCGGGCAGGAUGGUUGG